AUGGUGUCCAAGUUUAUCGUGUUUGUUACCGCUUUGGCUUUGUGCCACGCCAAACCAUUCUUGAUCGCAGGACCUCAGCCAUACUAUGGCCGCAUUGAGAGCACCCCCAGCAUCGCUUACGGCUUUGGCAGUGGGUUCAGCAGCAACAUUGGCGGCAUAACUCACACUUCGGGCAUCGGACACUCUUUCCAAACCGGCAACGCCGAGGCCUACGGUGGCGGCUUCGCCAACAGCGACGGUCCAGCCUACGCAAGUGGAAUCGGAAUCGCUAACACCGGAGUCCAGCCCCAGCAAUACUACAGAACGUACAACGUUCAGCCUGCGGUCUACCGUCCUGCCCCUACCUACACAAGCUACCAGCCAGCUAUUUACAACACAGGAUACUAUCGCGACCAGGGGUCAGCCAUUGCUUCAGCUCAAAAUUUGAACAACUACGGCACUUCUAUCGCUCAAAGCCAAUCCGGAUCCAGGCAAGGAUCAGCCGUGUCGACUGUCAGUAACUUAAGAGGUCUCGGUUAUGGAUCUGUAGCAUCAGCUACCGCUAACGACGGAUUUGGUACGGUCAUCUCCAGCGCUGACAGUCGCGGAACUGCUAUCUCGUCAGCUCAAACUCGUGACGGUCAAGGAGAUUACAGCAACGUAGUAUCGGCGGCACAAAACAUCGGAGGAUAUAGAGCCAGCACCGCUCAGAGCGUCCAGCAAAGCGGCGGGACCACCCAACAGAGCGGCGCCAGCAGCAUCGACGGCCCCGGCAUCCAAGCCAGCCACACUCACUCCGUCAAAACGUUCUAA